AUGGCGGCCGUGCGGGUGCUGCGGCGGGCGGUGCGGCUGUGUCGGGGCCGCGCCGCCUCGGGGGCCCGCCCGCCCCCCGUGCCCCAGCGCAUCGAGGAGAAGCGCCGCGCCGCGCUGCUCGGCGGUGGGCAGGCGCGCAUCGACGCCCAGCACAAGCGGGGAAAACUGACAGCAAGGGAACGAAUUCUGCUGCUGCUGGACCCCGACAGUUUUGAUGAAUAUGACAUGUUUGUGGAACACAGGUGUACUGACUUUGGGAUGGACUCCAGUAAGAAUAAGUAUCCUGGUGACAGCGUGGUGACUGGCCGUGGACGGAUUAAUGGGAGACUAGCUUAUGUUUUCAGUCAGGAUUUUACUGUAUUUGGAGGCAGUUUAUCUGGAGCUCAUGCCCAGAAGAUCUGCAAGAUCAUGGAUCAAGCUGCCAUGGUUGGAGCACCUGUGAUUGGGCUGAAUGACUCUGGAGGAGCCCGUAUCCAGGAGGGAGUGGAGUCCUUGGCAGGCUAUGCAGACAUAUUUUUGAGAAAUGUUUUGUGUUCUGGUGUCAUUCCCCAAAUCUCCCUCAUCAUGGGUCCUUGUGCUGGUGGAGCCGUGUAUUCUCCUGCCUUAACUGAUUUCACAUUCAUGGUGAAGGACACAUCCUACCUGUUCAUCACCGGGCCUGACGUGGUGAAGUCUGUCACCAAUGAAGAUGUCACCCAGGAGCAGCUCGGGGGUGCAAAGACACACACUGCAGUGUCUGGAGUUGCACACAGAGCCUUUGAGAAUGACAUCGAUGCUCUGCUGAACCUGCGAGAGUUCUUUAAUUAUUUACCCCUGAGCAACCGGGAUCCAGCUCCAGUCUGUGAGUGCCAUGAUCCCAGUGACCGUCCGGUUCCAGAGCUGGACACCAUUGUCCCAAGUGAGUCAACCAAAGCCUAUGACAUGCUGGAUAUCAUACACUCCAUUGUGGAUGAGAGGGAAUUCUUCGAGAUCAUGCCGACCUAUGCGAGGAACAUCGUGGUUGGAUUUGCCAGGAUGAACGGACGGACCGUUGGGAUUGUGGGCAACCAGCCCAAAGUAGCCUCAGGGUGCUUAGACAUAAAUUCUUCUGUGAAAGGAGCCCGGUUUGUUCGGUUCUGUGAUGCCUUCAACAUCCCCCUGAUCACCUUUGUGGAUGUCCCUGGGUUUCUGCCAGGCACGGCUCAGGAGUACGGUGGGAUUAUACGUCAUGGUGCCAAGCUGCUGUUUGCCUUUGCAGAGGCAACUGUGCCGAAGAUCACUGUCAUCACCAGAAAAGCCUAUGGGGGUGCCUAUGACGUGAUGAGCUCCAAGCACUUACGAGGAGAUGUGAACUACGCCUGGCCCACAGCCGAGGUGGCCGUGAUGGGAGCCAAGGGUGCUGUGCAGAUCAUCUUCAGAGGAAAGGAGGCGAAUGCAGAGGAGGAGUACGUGGAUAAGUUUGCAAACCCCUUCCCUGCUGCCAUGAGAGGGUUUGUUGAUGACAUUAUCCAGCCUUCAACCACCCGCACACGCAUCUGCCAUGACCUUGACGUACUGGCCAGUAAAUCCCAGUCCAGUCCUUGGAAGAAACAUGCCAACAUCCCACUGUGAGGGAAUCUGUGAAACUUCAUUUAGCCCAGCUGCCUGCAAGAGCUUUCAAGCCUUCCCAUGGCACUUUCUUCCCACAGACUCCAGGUCACUUCAGACGUACAGGGCAGAAGAGAGAAAUUCUUCUCAAACCUUG